GCAUACGGGGAAACUGGUAGAAGUCCGCCAUUGUUUUCAUCUCCCUGUGAAUUUUCCUUUACAGCUUUUUUUAAAUAUAUUGAUGAAUCAGUUUUUUGCUAUUUAAUAAAUGAACGACAAAGUAAUCGUUAAAAUUGAUAAAAAGGUAACACAUUUUUUAAGUUAAAUUAUUUUCAGAAUCUUUCCGAUUUUUGUGUGUAUUUUUUAAAUCGUAUCAGUAGGCUCGACUGAAAUGCUUGUGAAUAUUAUGUUCCUUAUGUUUAAUAGUGGUACGAUCUGACAAGUUACCUCGACCAGCAUCCUGGAGGUGUUGAAGCGCUAAAGAAAUAUUCGAGAAAGGACGCUACAGAAUAUUUCAAGGCAGUUCCAUCUCACAAAUUCGUGCGAAGUUUUAUCGAUAGCAUUUUAAAAGAACACGAAAGCGAUGAGCCACAACUCAAAUAACAUUGAACUUCCUAAAAUGUCAAUUGAACGCUUGGAAAAGGAAUUUGAAGAUGCAAUAUCGACUCGCGAUCUGGAGCGAAUAAGCCAAUUAUCCGCCUCGUAUGAUAUAAACAAAUUUGGAAGUUUUGGAAAAACUAGCUUGGUUAUUGCUAUUGAACAACCUAAAGAUGAUGUUGAAUUGAUACAACAUAUGAUUGAAUGCGGAGCAGAUCCCACGAUACGAGUUCCAGCAGGGCCAUAUAAGGGAAAUAAUGCUCUUAUGGUUGCUUUAGAGCGUUGUAAACUUCAAACUUGUCUACAUCUUUUGGAUAAUAAGAAAUUCGAUCCGAAUGAUUGCGAUCUCCGAGGUAAAACCACUCUUUCAAAAGCAAUGAAGUCUAAUAGAAUGCUACCCGUUAUGCGAAAGUUAAUUAAUAGAGGUGCCUAUGUUACAAAAGAUAUUCUUUUGAAUGCUCUAAAAUCUGGAAAUGAUGACGAAGUGAUAUUAUUAUGUUUACAUAGUAUCGACCCUUGCUUGAUAGUGGAUCAAGAUGAUAUUAUUAAUUGUAUGAUAGCAAAAUGUAGAUCUUUAAAGGCUUUCGAUUUCUGUUAUUCAAUUCGUCUAUCGCACAAGAAGAAUCAAAAUGUUUUUGAUUUAAUAUCAUCGUCAAUAUGCAUGGAAAAUGAAGUUAGUUUACGUAGUCUUAUCAAUUUAAAAGUUGACUUAGAAAGUGAAUCGAAACACGAAGGUUGCUGUACUGCUAUAACAUUUUAUCAAAGUGUUCUUAACGAACGUCAAAUUAGGAUAAUUAAGUUAUUAAUUUGCAAUGGGGUAAACGUCGAUGUAAGAGGAUUAAUGGAAGGUGUUUUGAAAAAAUUCUGUCAGUGCUGGACCGUUAAAUUUCUUCUCAUGGCCGACGCUUGGAUAUAUAAACUGAAUUUUGAUCGAAUCCUUAUAGAAAACUGCAAUCGUCGGUUCUUUAAAAAAUUUGAAGAUUAUCUUCACGACAUUCGCAAUUAUCCUAUGUCCUUGAAACGUCAAUGCCGAAGAAAAAUACGUAAAUUGUGCCGGUACGGUAGACGUUAUCAGGCAAAAAUUAACUCUCUACCAUUACCUAGCUUGAUAAAAGAUUUUCUCAAAUUCUCGGAGGUUCUAGCGAUCAGCGAGGAAAGAGUCAUGGACGAUAAUUAUAAAGAUAGGGAUAUAAUCUUUAACGGAUUUCCAUUAUAA